CGACACGGACGCCUGCCACUAUUCAGUGCCGGUGUGCAUCGAUGCCGACAAAGAGACGAGGAGCCACGCUUCAGCCACAGAGGGGACAAAAAACACGGAGUCACUGAAGAUGUGACACGGGACUACUCUUAGCUAGACAGAGACCACGGGGACGCCGCGUACUCACUUGGCUUUUUUCACCUUUGUUUUAACUUCGGCUCUGUCUGCAUUAACCGGGCCACUCACCUCUCGCAAGCGUUUGACUCACGUGGGAGGGUGCAUUUUACCGGUGAGACAAGAAAAGACCAACCUCAACUUUACCGUGUGCCGCAAAGCUAACGUUAACUGUGAAAUCAAAGAAAAGUGGUAGCAGCCCUCAGACAGGAUACUUCGCAGUCAGUGGGAUGUUAGAGCUCUGGAAGCAGGACUGACUGAAGGAGCAUGGUGAAACACCAACCCCUCCAGGUCUAUGAGCGGCAGCUGUGUUUGUCAUGUAUCACUGGGAUCUACGGUUGCCGCUGGAAACGCUAUCAACGUUCUCAUGAUGACACCACCAAGUGGGAGCUGCUGUGGUCCCUCAUCCUCCUCUUUACCUUCUGUCUGCUGCUGGUCUGGUUCUACUUCUGGUGGGAGGCGCAUAAUGACUACAAUGAGUUCAACUGGUUCCUCUACAACCGGUCUGGGGAGUGGAGUGAUGGCACUGUUCCCAUCCUGGCCACCACCGCUGCUGGCUUCACCUACAUUGCAUUUUUAAUGGUUUUAGCACUUUGCCACAUUGCACUUGGGCAACAAUUGAAUUUGCACUGGCUCCAUAAGAUAGGAGUGAUUGCUGCUCUGCUCACAACCAUUGUUGGGGUGAUAUCUGUCAAUCAAACAUGGAGUCAAGAGUGGGACGUCAUCCCCAUCUCCCUGCAGGCCACAGGUCCGUUCCUGCACAUCGGGGCUCUUGCCGCAGUCACAGCGCUGUCUUGGAUUGUGGCUGGACAGGUCGCCCGCUCAGAAAAAACAAGGCUCCAGGUGGUGGUUGUGCUGCUGUAUCUCAGUGUGUUACUGGGGCUCUAUGUGGUACCCCUGAACAUCAACUCCCCCUGCAUCAUGAACCCCACUACUCUCAAGCAACGCCCUGAUGUCAUUGGCCACCAGGGAGCCCCCAUGCUCGCUCCAGAGAACACACUGUGGUCCUUCCAGCGAGCUCUGCAGAUGAACGUCACUGGGUUGGAGGCUGACGUGGCUAUCAGUGUGGAUGGAGUGCCUUUCCUGAUGCAUGACCGCAACCUGCUGAGAACCACGGACGUCGAGAAGGUGUUCCCAGACAGACGGUUGGAUGAUGCCUCACACUUCAACUGGACAGAUCUGCAGCAGCUCAACGCAGGACAGUGGUUCCUCAAGGACGACCCCUUCUGGACAGUGCACACCCUGUCCCCCCAUGAGAAGAAUCUGAUUGCCAACCAGAGUGUGUGCAGCCUGGAGCAGCUUCUAAAGCUGGCUUCCUAUCAUAACAGCACAGUGGUUUUCAGGCUGAGGAGACCACCUCUGGACCACCCCUGCUACCACAGCUGGAUCAAUGAUACGCUGCGGGCUGUGCAAAAAUCUGGGGUUCCUCAGAGCCUGGUGAUGUGGACUCCAGAUGAACACAGAGCGCAGGUGAGACAGCUGGCACCCAGUCUGAUCCAGACCUCAGCGGAGAAACGCAGUCCUCAAAGUCUCCAUCACUUCGGCAUCAGCAGGCUGCUGCUCAGAUACAACCAGGCCAGCACAUGGGAAAUCAGACACUUCUCCGAGAGCAACAUCAACCUCACACUUUACAACAUCAACGAGCCCUGGUUGUUCUCGGUGCUCUGGUGCAGCGGGGUGUCUUCAGUCUCUUCAGAGGCCCCACAUAUCCUUAAUAAGGUGCCUUACCCCAUCUGGCUUAUGAGUCCAGAUAAAUACUGCCUGAUGUGGGUGUCCGCAGAUCUCAUCUCCUUUGCAGUAGUUAUAGGAAUAUUCAUUUUCCAGAAGUAUCGGAUGAGCGGGAUGCGCAGCUACAACCCUGAACAGAUCAUGCUGAGCGCCGCAGUCAGGAGGUCCAGCAGAGACAUCAACGUCAUGAAGGAGAAACUCAUCUUCUCCGGUCAACCCCAGUAGCAGCCUGUGUGACGUGCACCACCUCCUGUCCAUGCUACCACCAGUGUGACUUCCUCCUUUUAUUCCAUGCAUCCAUUGCAUCCCUCGUUACCUGCCACUUCUCUACCUACUAUGCCCUUCUCCCCCUCAUCCAUCCAUCCAUCCCUUCAUGUACCAAACCUCUCCUCCAUAACCCUCCCACUGGAGACCACGUCAUGUUUAGGGGAGCUUAUAGAUGCCCCAGUCUGUCUAGACAUCCUCUAGUGCUGGGGGGUCAAAGCGGAGUGUUUAUCUUAAAGGGACAAUGCGGUCAAACAGCACACUGACUGUUUCUUUAUCCUUUGGCGCCCUCCAGAGGUGGGGAAUGGAGUUGACGGCACUGAGGAGCUGUAUGCAGACAAUGGCUACGACUACUACACCAAUCGGGGCGUUAGCCAGUGAUCGGGACUGUGUGAAUCUGCUGUAGCGAGACGGAGAGGACAACACUCAGUGUUCACAACGCUUUUUUUGUGUUUAGUCAGUGUGAAGUCUAUCCUCCUCUGUCGUGCUGAUUAACUGACAGACUGCUGUAUGUGAUGGAGAAAACAAACCACCCAGUUGCUUUGUGUACAUUCUGUGAAUAGUUGUGGUUAUUUUCUCUUUUUUUGCCUGUCAGACAUAUUGUAUAUCACACGGGACUACACGCACUUUUUAUUAAUGGAAUUUGCCAAAUCUGGGGCCUCCUUUCUCACAUCUAAAUGUCAGAGAGGCCCCUCUGAGUUACCAAUGCCUGCUUCUUCUUAUUUUUUUUUAGUUUUUAAAUGUGUUUCCAGAUUCGUUAAUAUUAUACACUAAUUUCCCAAAGCAGUUCCUUGUUUUUAAACCACUGUACAUAAUAUUCUUCUCUUAGCAGAUGGAUUUCUGUUUAACAAGGCAUUAUUGCAGUAUGAGACUAAAACGCUAACCGCUCGUUAUGCUCCCGCCUUCUGUUGGCACUCCACUGUGCUGUUGUUCAUAAUAGUACUAAUAUUUAUAUUUAAAGAGGAAAACCACAAACAAGCUGUUUACAGGAGUCCUGCCUUCUCCUCCAAGUGAAAUAUUCACAUGGUGUAUUGUAAGAUAAUUAUUUUGAUAGAGGCUGAAUGCCCCCCGCCUCCCUACUUUUGACCAGUGCAUAUGGCUGUAAAGAUCGUGUGUGUGUGUGUGUGUGUGUGUGUGACCAGAGGAACUGGUGAAAAUGGUUUGGGUGUGAACAUUUGGGCUGUCUUUUAAUUAAUGUGAAUGCGUUUUUAGAAUUUUUUUUCUUUUCUUUUUUUUUUUUUUUUUUUAAAAGAUGUGUAUUUGUGUGUAUUCUGGCUGGGUACAUAUGUUACCCUGUGUGCAGUGCUAUGUUGUGUUUUAUUGUACAUAAAAGGUUAACCGAUGCGUGAGACGCUUCAGCCAACUAAGAAUUUAUAGUGGAACAAUGUAACCGUGAUGAACAGUUUAAUCAUUACAAUAGCAAUAGUCUGUUCCAUGAUGGAAGUGACUUUGCAGUUAAGUCUGCGGUAUUUUAGUGUUCACAUACACAAUGUUGGUUGCUAGUGUAAAACUGAAUGCUGUAACGUAAAUGAAGUGGGUGCUAAAUGUGAAAAUAAAGCUCUAAGCUAAUUGAAAGGACGCUCCAGGGAUCACAACAGGCUGCACAGGGUCAAGAGAUUGAUUGCCUUUUGUGUUUGUUUUCUUUGAGUAUUACUGUGCCUCAGAAGUAAACAUUAAACACCUUCUAAUACAGGA